AUUUCUUUGCAUUUGGAAUACGGGAAUAGAAAAGAGGACGUUUUUUUCGCAGAGAUAAUUAUCUCAACGAGGUGAAAGAUGUCCUGCAGAUAUUCCGCCAAAGUGCCUCCGGGCUUGAUGACUCUUUUGGAAGGCCUCAGUCGGUCCGUGGUGAAAAGACAGCCAGAAUCCAUCUCACAGUUUGCUACAUUUUACUUCGCCGAGCUUUUGCACUUCAGGACAGAAAAUCCAACUCUUGCCAUCAACGACCUUGUGAGAGAAUUCAAUACAACUAAAGUGCCUAAGUUCCCAAGUCAUGGCAUUGGAGCUGUGAUUGCUCCGCUGGCAGUUCAGAAUGAAAGUGCCACAGCAGUGUCUCCUGGUGGUCAAUAUGUCCAACCAUUUGGAAUUUACCCUCCAGACAGGAUUUUCCAAACUCUUCCCAGUAUUCCAGGAGUGGUGGAGCAGGAUGCUGAGCAGCCCUGGGUCCACAGCCAGAACAUUCUGUACACUGGCACAACGUUGCCUCGUCUAUCAGGUUGCAAAGAAGCUGCAGAAGCAACCUCCCUGCCAAGCCAAUACCUCAAUGACUCUGGCCUCCAGAGAAGUAUGCAGGCAGUUACCACUAAUGUGUCCCCUCACCCCAUCUCAGCAGAUCAAGCCGAAGAUUUAGACGUCUUCCGCAGGAAAUCCAGGAAUGACUGCAUGACGGCUACCUGUGAUAUCAACUCUGCUGCCCCAGACCGGUGCCGGCAAACCAAGUCAGCUUUCCCCGAGAGGGUUCCACUGAGUGAGAUCUAUCACAUAUCCAAUGCUGUUCUGAUCAGGGCACCUUCUGUACCCUGUGAGUACAUGAUUGUAGUGCAGUCAGACAAGGUCCCGAAGACCAUGGUGUUUCAGAGAGUCUCAUCAGUCAGUAAGACAAUGAGGAACACUCGAACAGCAGCAGCUUGUGGUGAUGAUGCCACUGGUGCCCCAGGUAACACCCAGCCUGACUGCACACCAUGUUUCACCCCGCCUACAGCCCCAUCGCAGGUGGUAAAAGAUCAGCCAGACACCCAAUUGGUCAUGCCCCUAGCGCUGACUGAGGACACUCAGCUUUCUGGUGAUGGAAAUAAGGAUCUCCUAACCCAACCUGGUUGGAAUCCUCUUUCACCUGGAGAUAAUUCUGUUUACAAGCACAUGGACAUAAAUAUAGCAUUACCUGAUCCGAAUGCCUACAACCCAUACAUCAAUGAAAUGAUAGUGGAUCAAAUGAACUGGGUGAAUGAAGAUGUUUCAACCAUGGUGUCAGAUGAUAUAAUAGCCCCUGGUAUUAUGGUUCCUGUCAACUCAGCACUUCAGGAUGGAUGUUUCCCCAGUGCAGUACCUGAUGUGAACGGGUACAACCCCUACAUGAAUGAGAUGAUACUGGAUCAAAUUAAUGGGGUGAACUUUGGUGUUUUAUCCAAGGUGUCAGAUGAGAUGACAUGCGUCAAUGUAAUGGGCCCACCCAUCUCAGCACCACUGGACACAAAGGAUAGUGUGGUGAACAUUCCUGUGUGUCAACCUAUUUUAGCUCCACAAGAAGCAAGUGCCCCCAGUUUGGUGUACCCUCCAACUUCAGCACAAGAAACAUGUGCCCCCAGUUUGGUGUACCCUCCAACUUCAGCACAAGAAACAUGUGCCCCCAGUUUGGUGUACCCUCCAACUUCAGCACAAGAAACAUGUGCCCCCAGCUUGGUGUACCCUCCAACUUCAGCACAAGAAACAUGUGCCCCCAGCUUGGUGUACCCUCCAACUUCAGCACAAGAAACAUGUGCCCCCAGCUUGGUGUACCCUCCAAAUUCAGCACAAGAAACAUGUGCCCCCAGCUUGGUGUAUCCUCCAACACCACAGGUAACAGUUGGUGCCACCUUCAUGCCACCAAGUGUUUCACCAGCAGGAGAAAUAAGUGUUCCUAGUUUGGUGUACCCUCCAAUUUCAGCUGGACAGGGGGGUAAUAUACCCAGUUUGGUGCUCCCGCCUAUUUAUAUUGCUCAACCAAUUGGAGCGCUCCCAUUGCUUAGCACUCCUAUUGUGCCACCCGUGGCGGGACCAAGGGCAGUCACUUUACCAAACCCAUAUGUACCAGCUCCACAAAAAACAACAGCCACUCUGCUUUAUCCAUCAAUCUUGGCUCAGGAGGAAACAAUACCCCCUUCAUUGACACUCCCCCAGGCCAUUGUUGCCCACCUGCAUCAGUGCACUGGUCAGAAUGCAGAAGCAUUCCAUGUGAAUGAGGAGAACAGAAGAACACCCUAUGUGAUUCCAUUGGUCUACCAAAGCAUUAUGGGAGUGCCACAGAUGUAUGUUCAACCACAACAACAUCAGUUUAUUCCCAGCUGGUCCAGAGAAGCGCAUUCACAAAGGCUAUGUGACCCAGCGCCUACUGGGGCCAUGCCAGAGUGCCAGUAUGUUACACCUGAAGCAUGUGGUAGGACCUGGAGAUGCAUUGAGACUAUGGCUGGGAUGCCAACAGUUGUGGCUUUCCCAGGAGGAUCUAGGAUUGUGAUUGGCUGUGGGCAAGAGCAAGGCUACAACCCCGACCAGGCCAACUUGCCAAUGUGCCAGGACUUUGGGCCCUGUUUCAGGACCCAUCACAUAUUUAUGGGUGGUGCCAGCUCAUUUCAAACCCUCUGCCCAAUGAGUGGUGCCUACAUGCCAGUUAUGCCUACGGCCCCUACCUUCGAACCCACAGACCAUCGCUGCUGCCAGGGUGCCCCUGAUGUGACCCCUCCACAUUAUGUAGUGAUCAACAGCCCAACUCACAAUGUUGCCUCUUACCCUACACCAUCACCCAUGCAGCCCCAGGGCUUUGCCUCUGCUCCUGUCCACAUGUAUGGUCCCUGCAGUGAAACUGAGAAUGCAGUGUCAUCCACCUUCAAUGUGAAGACCCAUGCAGCCCACCAGCAAGGGAGAGCAGAACACUGCAGAGAGACCAGCAACAUGCUAACAGGUGAAAAUCCAUAUGUGCAGAAUUAUUCUGGUAUAUGACAAUUAUUUAUAUUUUUUGGGGGGUUAGAUCAGCAUUAAUAUAGUGGAUAGAUGUAAUUGUCUGCAUCCAUAUAUAUGUUUUGUAAAUAUACAGUACCAGUCAAAAACUUGGACACACCUACUCAUUCCAGGGUUUCUUUAUUUUUACUAUUUUCUACAUUGUAU